CGCCGCCCUUCCGGCCAGGCGCUUCCGGCUGUCGGUGGUGGCGGAGGAGGGAGAGAAGCGAGCGCGGGGCCCGGCGCCCCCCUGCCCCCCCUCCCCCCCCCUCCCCGCCCCGCCGCCAGGUAUGUCAGAACACAGGAAUGAGUCCACAACAGUUGACGAAUUUCACCCAGCUGGAGAAGAGGUGCAGUCUGACUCCGAGGGAGGUGCAAUGGCUCAAGAGUCUCCCAAAAAUUCAGCAGCAGAAAUUCCUGUGACUAGCAAUGGACAGCUGGAAGAUUCUCAUGAGCACAGCUUUAAUAGGGACUUGAAACGUUCAUUACCAGUUGGACUUGGACUCUCUGAAACCAAAAUAACAUCUCAUGGCUUUGACAGCACCAAAGAGGGAGUUGUUGAGGCAGGACCAUUUCCAGGUAAAGGUUCCUCAGCAUCACCCAAAUCAUCUGUUAUAUCUCCUAGCAGUGCAGCAGCUAGCAGACUGGCUGGACAAGGUUGUGAUUUAAUUAUUCCCACAGGGGGCAGAGCUCAGCAGAAGAGUGGACCUGUUGUGUUAGCAGAUGAAGUAAAGAAUCCAGCAAUGGAGAAAUUGGAAUUGGUGAGAAAGUGGAGCCUAAACACUUACAAGUGUACACGUCAGAUCAUCUCUGAAAAACUGGGUCGUGGCUCAAGAACAGUAGAUCUGGAACUAGAAGCUCAAAUAGAUAUAUUGAGAGAUAACAAAAAAAAAUACGAAAAUAUCUUGAAACUGGCACAGACACUGUCCACACAACUCUUCCAGAUGGUACACACCCAGAGGCAACUUGGAGAUGCUUUUGCUGACCUGAGUUUGAAAUCAUUGGAACUUCAUGAGGAGUUUGGCUACAAUGCAGAUACACAGAAACUUCUAGCUAAAAAUGGAGAGACUCUUCUUGGGGCUAUUAACUUUUUUAUUGCCAAUGUGAACACGUUGGUGAAUAAAACAAUUGAGGAUACAUUAUUGACUGUGAAACAAUAUGAAAGUGCCAGGAUUGAAUAUGAUGCCUAUCGAACAGACCUAGAAGAGCUGAAUCUUGGCCCUCGUGAUGCAAACACUCUACCAAAGAUUGAGCAAUCACAACAGCUGUUUCAAGUGCAUAAAGAGAAGUACGACAAGAUGCGUAACGACGUAUCUAUCAAAUUGAAAUUUUUGGAAGAAAAUAAGGUUAAGGUGUUGCACAAUCAGCUUGUUCUGUUCCACAAUGCCAUUGCAGCGUACUUUGCUGGGAAUCAAAAGCAGCUUGAACAGACACUUAAACAGUUCCACAUCAAAUUGAAAACUCCUGGAGCAGAUGCUCCAUCCUGGCUUGAAGAACAGUAAUCAGAGAAGAGGAGCUGAUGUUAACCUAAAAUCAAUAAAUCUAAUAAGAGUUAAGGGUGGGGGUUGAAGGACUGUUGUAGUGAUUCUUGCACAGACAGCUUUAAUUUUUUUCCCUUUUAUAAUACUGUAAAACUGAAUUUGGUGGGAAAGUGGGUAACUUUAAGGUAACCAAACAUAAUUUCUAUCAUUUCAAAUAUAGAGCGCUCCUUUUGUAUGUGAAGGUUGGUGGUUAUUUCUGUAGCUGGGAUGGGGGAGGGAGGGAGGGGAAAGAAAACUAUAUAGAUUUGCACUGACAAAUUGUUUGUGAUCUCUGGUCAUUUUGGUGGCUGGUCAAAAUAUUUCCAAAUGGAGGUUUACAUGAUUUGUACCAACAUCUGGUAUUUUAUAGAUGAAUAUAGAAAACAUCUUUAAUGAUUUUCGUAUGACUUUUAAAAAGGAGAGAGUUGAAAGAAUAUUUUGCAGAUUAAUAAUAUAAGGUCUGUAUGCAGUACCUGCGUAUAAGACAGCAGUAUCAGAACACUCAUUGACUAGUGGAAUUAGAGCAAAUGCCUUUUAAAAAUAUGUAUAUUUCCAUCAUAGAGUUAAAGGAAAAAACACUAAAGCAAGAAUCACUGUCAGUCUGAGGCUUCUAAGCACACGUUUUUGCUUUGCACCAAAUGGUUUGCUGAGUGAGGCCAACCAUACAAUGUACUAAUUUCAUUUAAAAUUUUACUUUCUCUAUGGAAAAAAAAAAAAAACAACCGUACUAGCCUUAAAUCACAGGUAUGUGCCUUUUUAUAAGAUAAUGUUUUCAACCAGUGUACAUAAUCCAAGAACCCUUUCACAUAAUGGUUUGUCAGUUCCCAUGGUGGGAAAGUAGACUGUGUAAAUGCUGUUUCUUUGUACACUUAGAGUGAGUUGAAGCUUUAGUUAAUCUUCAUGGACAGAUGCGAUUUUGAAAAAGGUAAUUGGGCCAGUAUGAUUUUUCUAUUUAAUUGAAAAGCAUACAUCAGUAAGGGGAGUAAUGAGGAAGAUACUUCUUUUUUAAUUUCUCCUUCAAUAGCAUAGUCCUUCUUUAAAUGUAAAAUUCUGUCUAUUUUAUCAUAUACAUUUUAAAUUGAGUGUAUUGAAGUCCUCAUUUGCACGUUACAUUGCUUUGUGUUCUAUUAAGUAAAAUGAAAUACUUCAAAUAUGUUAUUUACAACUGUGUGGAUUGUAUGAUUUAUGUACUGUAUGUUCAAAUGCCUUUCAGCUGACAUUCUUAAAGUUUUCAGUGCUUAACACAACUGUAUUGUAACUGUAAAUCAAACUUUUUAAUCAUUCCUCAUUAAAUUCUUGGCCUGACAGAGCCUUCUUUGUUUUUGUUCUGUCAGAAUCUCUUGUUAUUAUUCAUUUACAUUCCCCAGAAUGUAUAUCCUAUGUGAAUUUUGUAUUCAUAUUAAAGGUGUUUGCAGUCUAA